CCGUCUCGACCCUCCCUGGCGGGGCCCCACGGCCUGGGCGCCCCAGCCGGCGGAGCCGCCACCGCUGCCGGAGCUGUCCCCAGGCCAGACCCAGGGAGACGCGACGCGAGCGGCGGGAAGGAGGCGGUUGCACGCCCCGCCCCGCCCGCCCGCCCGAGCGUCGGACGCGGCCAGGCGCCGAGCCAUGGAGCCUGAGCCAGUGGAGGACUGUGUGCAGAGCACACUCGCCGCUUUGUACCCACCCUUUGAAGCCACAGCCCCCACCCUGUUGGGCCAGGUAUUCCAAGUGGUGGAGAGGACUUAUCGGGAGGAUGCGCUGAGGUACACGCUGGACUUCCUGGUACCAGCCAAGCACCUGCUUGCCAAGGUCCAGCAGGAAGCCUGUGCCCAGUACAGCGGAUUCCUCUUCUUCCAUGAGGGCUGGCCCCUCUGCCUGCAUGAGCAGGUUGUGGUGCAACUAGCAGCCCUUCCCUGGCAGCUGCUUCGCCCCGGAGACUUUUACCUGCAGGUGGUGCCCUCAGCAGCCCAAGCACCCCACCUGGCACUCAAGUGUCUGGCCCCAGGGGGUGGGCGGGUACAGGAGCUGCCUGUGCCCAAUGAGGCCUGUGCCUACCUGUUUACACCUGAGUGGCUGCAAGGCAUCAACAAGGACCGGCCUACGGGUCGCCUCAGCACCUGCCUGCUGUCUGCGCCCUCUGGGAUUCACCGGCUGCCCUGGGCCGAACUCAUCUGCCCACGAUUUGUACACAAAGGAGGCCUCAUGGUUGGACAUCGGCCAGGCACACUGCCUCCUGAACUGCCAUCUGUACCCCCAGGGCUUCCCAGCCCUUCACUCCCUCAGGAGGUGCUGGGCACUCGGAGUCCUGGGGAUGGGCACAAUGCUCCAGCUGAAGGACCAGAGGGUGAGUACGUGGAGCUUUUGGAGGUGACACUGCCUGUAAGGGGAAGUCCCACAGAUGCUGAGGGCUCUUCGGGCCUCUCCAGGACCCGGACAGUACCUACCCGCAAGAGUGCUGGAGGGAAGGGCCGGCACCGGAGGCACCGGGCAUGGAUGCACCAGAAGGGUCUGGGGGUUCAGGCUCAGGACCAGGAUGGAUCACGCCCACCCGGUGAGGGGAGCAGCACUGGAGCCUCCCCUAGGUCUCCGCCAGGAGCUGAAGCUGUCCCAGGGGCAGCAGACCUGGAGGUAUCUGAACCCCCAACAGAGGCCUUGGGGGAAUCCCCUGAAUCCUGCUUCCCAAGAUCAGGGGACCCUGGAGCAGGUCAGGGGGCUGAAGGACCACCUGGUACCCCUCGGAGAACAGGCAAAGGAAACAGGAGAAAGAAGCGAGCCACAGGCAGAGGGGCUCUGAGCCGAGGAGGGGACAGUGCCCCACUCAGCCCUGGGGACAAGGAAGAGACCGACUACCAGGAAGCCCUUGUCAGUUUGCCCUCACCAAACGAAAACAAGCUUCCAGAAUGCAGCCUGGUUAAGGGUGAAAACAAAGACCCUGGAAAGUCAGAAUCAGAGCCCAAAGAGGAGAUCACGCCCCCAGAUGAAAAAGAGUCUUUGCCCCCAGAAGAUAGUGGUUCUGCAGAAGAGAGGACCAAAGAAAGAGAGCAAGAGGGAUCGAGCCUGGUUUCGGUGGCAGGGUCUGCAGACCCAGAGGAGCUCCUGUCCGACUCCCCAACACAGCCUCUGGAGCCUGUGCAGGAAGUAAAAGUGGACAGCAUUCCACAAGAGGCCCCUCCAGUCUCCAUCUCUGAUGACCCUGACAUAGCCUGGGAUUUGAUGGCAUCUGGAUUCCUUGUCCUGACUGGAGGGGUGGACCAGAGUGGGCGAGCUCUGCUGACCAUUACCCCACCGUGUCCUCCUGAGGAGCCCGCACCCUCCCGAGACAUGCUGAGCACUGCUCUUCAUUACCUCCACUCACUUCUCAGGCCUGAUCUCCAGUUAUUGGGACUGUCUGUUUUGCUGGACCUUCGCAAAGCACCCCCACUGCCUCCAGUGCUCAUUCCUGCUCUGAGUCAACUGCAGGACUCAGGAGACCCUCCCCUUAUUCAGCGGCUGCUGAUUCUCACUAAUGGUGACCCUCCCACUGAACUCUGUGGAUUUCAGGGUGCUGAGUGGCUGUCAGAGAGUGAUCUGAAAAGAGUGGCCAAGCCAGAGGAGCUGCAGUGGGACCUAGGAGGUCACAGAGACUCCUCUCCCAGCCACUGGGUAGAGGUACAUAAGGAAGUAGCAAGGCUAUGCAGCCUGUGCCAAGGUGUGCUGGGCUCCAUACGGCAGGCCAUUGAAGAGCUGGAGAGAGCAGCAGCGUCAGAGGGAGAGGAGGUGGUGGGAAUGCCUGACCCUCUGCAGAAGGUGCUGGCUGAUCACCGACUGACGGCAUUGCAGAGAGAUGGGGGAGCCAUCCUGAUGAGGCUGCGCUCCACCCACAGCAGCAAGUUGGAGGGCUCGGACCCAGCUACCCUCUAUCAGGAGGUGGAUGAGGCCAUUCACCAGCUUGUGCGCCUCUCCAACCUGCAAGUGCAACGGCAGGAGCAGCGGCAGCGCCUGCACCGACUCCAGCAGGUGCUGCAGUGGCUCUUGGGCCCAGGAGACGAGCAGCUGGCAAGUUUCGCUCUGCCUGGGGACUCCCUGCCUGCUCUACAGGAGACAGAGCUGCGAUUCCGGGCUUUCAGCACUGAGGUUCAGGAGCGCCUGGCCCAGGCCCGGGAGGCCUUGGCUCUGCAGGAGGACCCUGCCUCCCAAAAGGUUUUGGAUGCCUUUGAGCAGCGGCUGGAGCAGGUGGAGAGUGGCCUCCAUCGGGCCCUGCGGCUUCAGCGCUUCUUCCAGCAGGCACAUGAAUGGGUAGAUGAGGGCUCUGCUCGGCUGGCAGGAGCUGGGCCUGGUCGUGAGGCCCUGUUGGCAGCCCUUGCCCUGCGGCGGGCCCCAGAGCCCAGUGCCGGCACCUUCCAGGAGAUGCGGGCCCUGGCCAUGGACCUGGGCAGCCCAGCAGCCCUGCGAGAGUGGGGUCACUGCCGCGCCCGUUGCCAAGAACUGGAGAGGAGGAUUCAGCAGCAGAUGGGAGAGGAAGCCAGUCCGCGGGGCCAUCGGCGGCGACGGGCAGACAGUGCCAGCAGUGCGGGGCCCCAGCGGGGCUCCCAUAGCCCCUCACCCAGCCUCAGUUCCCUGCUGCUUCCUAGCAGCCCUGGACCACGGGCUGCUCCGUCCCAUUGCUCCCUGGCCCCAUGUGGGGAGGACUAUGAGGAGGAGUCCCCGGAGCUGGCUCCAGAAGCAGACGGCAAACCCCCAAGGGCUGUGCUCAUCCGAGGCCUGGAGGUCACCAGCACUGAGGUGGUAGACAGGACGUGCUCACCAAGGGAACAUGUGCUGCUGGGCCGGGCUGGGGGGCCGGACGGUCCCUGGGGAAUAAGCACCCCCCGGAUGGAGCGCAAGCGGAGUAUCAGUGCCCAGCAGCGUCUGCUGUCUGAACUGAUUGCCUGUGAGCAGGAGUAUGUGAGCAGCCUGAGUGAGCCAGUGCCACCCCCUGGGCCUGAGCUGACUCUUGAACUGCGGGGCACCUGGGCUGCUGUCCUGAGCACCCGGGAAAGGCUUCGAAGCUUCCACCGGACACACUUUCUGCGGGAGCUGCAGGGCUGUGCCACCCACCCUCUGCGCAUUGGGGCCUGCUUCCUCCGCCACGGGGACCAGUUUGGCCUCUAUGCUCAGUAUGUGAAGCACCGACACAAGCUGGAGAGUGGUCUGGCCGCCCUCAGCCCCCCAGCCAAGGGCUCCACAGAGGGUAGCCCUUACCUGCCCCUGGCCCUGCACCAGCCCCUAGAACAACUGGCUCGGUAUGGGCGCCUCCUAGAGGAGCUUCUGAGAGAAGCUGGGCCUGAGCUGAGUUCCGAACGCCAGGCCCUCGGGGCUGCUGUGCAGCUGCUCCGGGAACAAGAGGCCCGUGGCAGAGACCUGCUGGCUGUGGAGGCAGUGCGAGGCUGUGAGAUAGAUCUGAAGGAGCAGGGACAGCUCUUGCAUCGGGAUCCCUUCACUGUCAUCUGUGGCCGGAAGAAGUGCCUUCGCCAUGUCUUUCUCUUUGAACACCUCCUCUUGUUCAGCAAGCUCAAGGGCUCUGAGUGGGGGGCUGAGAGCUUUGUUCACAAGCAGGCUUUUAAGACUGCUGACAUGGGGCUGACAGAAAACAUUGGGGACAGCGGGCUCUGCUUUGAACUGUGGUUCCGCCGGCGGCGUGCACGAGAGGCAUAUACUUUGCAGGCAACCUCAGCAGAGAUCAAACUCAAGUGGACAAGUUCCAUUGCCCAGCUGCUGUGGAGACAGGCAGCCCACAACAAGGAGCUCCGAGUGCAGCAGAUGGUGUCUAUGGGCAUUGGGAAUAAACCCUUCCUGGACAUCAAAGCCCUUGGGGAGCGGACACUGAGUGCCCUGCUUACCGGGAGAGCUGCCCGCACCCGGGCCUCCGUGGCCGUGUCAUCCUUUGAGCAUGCCGGCCCUUCCCUUCCCGGCCUCUCACCGGGAGCCUGCUCCCUGCCUGCCCGCGUCGAGGAGGAGGCCUGGGAUCUGGACGUCAAGCAAAUUUCCCUGGCCCCAGAAACACUUGACUCUUCUGGAGAUGUGUCCCCAGGACCAAGAAACAGCCCCAGCGUGCAACCCCCCCACCCUGGGAGCAGCACUCCCACCCUGGCCAGUGGCGGGAUCUUAGGGCUAUCCUGGCAGAGUCACGCCCGAGCCCUGAGUGACCCCACCACGCCUCUGUGACCUAGGAGCCAAAGCCGUCCUCUGGAUUAAGGUGUUUUGACUAACUUGAGCACUUCCCCUCAACCAACCAUUAAGUAGAACACAGGAAAUAAAACCGAGGCUGAAAGGUACUCUCCACCCCUUACUGGCCCAAAGCUAACUGUGCAUGAGCCUAGGCGAAUGUGCUCCUCCACAGUGGCUCAGUGAACUCUGAAGUUCCUCUUCCCAUACUGCACCCACUUCUGAAGGCUGAGCUGGUCACAGACAAACUGGGGUCCAGCAGUUCCCUAAUGAGGUGCUCAGGCCCACAGUGCAGGAGAACUCCCUAGGCUACUUGUUAAAUGUUAAUGUUUAGGCUCCACCCAGAAGUACCAAAUGUGAAGCCUUGGACUCAAGAUUUUGUUUCAUAUCAAGCCCUUAUCAAGCCUAAGUACUUGAAAAAGUGACAGUUUCCUGGAUGAAAGAGACCGAGUAAGGGAGUAAGACAUAGGCAGACAGAGACAGACACAGAGCCCUGUGCCUCAAGACACCUGUUUAUUGGGGACACGACUCUGCAACAGGGAUGACAGGAAUCGUACCAAAAAUAGCAAUGUCUACAGGGCCCCCGAUGGGGCUAGAAGGGUACAGUGCCCCCCACCCCCACCCCUUGUACAAAAAUAAACUCUCAGGCCUAUGGACCAGCAAAAA